AUGUCUCAAUUAAAAUAUCCCACUGAAAUUGAUAAUUGUUUAGAAAAAUUAAGAAAUGAGUGUGAUUAUAUUGAAGAAUUAAUUAAUGAAAAUUAUAUUAAAAAUAAUUAUAUAAAUUAUAAUAAUGAAUGUCCAUAUUGUAUAUAUGAUAAUCAUAUAUUUUCUAAUUCAAGACAAUUACGAUUAUGUGAAAUGAAUGAUAGUAUGUUUCAAAAAAAAGAAAAUAAAAAUAAAAUAAAAUUUGGAAAAGAUUGGAAACCAACUGUUGUUAAACCAUUUAAAUUUAUGCAUAGACCACCAAUUGAAGCAACAUAUUCAAAAAAAUUUUUAAAAAGUUUACUUGAAGAGAAGGAAAGAGAAGAAGAAUUAAGGAUUGCUAAAAGUAGAUAUUUAACACAUAUUUCAAAAAAAAUACCAAAAACAACAUAUCAAAGGGAUCCUUCAAUAAAGAUAGGUGAAUUAAAAAGGAGUAAAAGUUUUGGAAAUUGUGUUGAAAGGCAUACGGCACACAAAUGUGUCAAUCUAGAUUUACCACCAAAAACUGCUCCAUUUAAAGCACGUCCAGUUCCAAUUACCAACUAUAUAGAACCGGAAUAUUUGAAAACACUAAAUGAAAUACGUGAAUCUAGAAAACAUGAUCGUGCUGUUUCAUUACUUCUCUCCUCUAAAAGUCCAUUUAGUUUGGAGGUUCAUGAAGCAAAGUCAAGGAUUCAAAACAAGUUGCGUCAUCAAUUAAGAUGUUUUAAUAAUGAUAAUAAUCUUUCAAAAGGACCAUUAUCACAUUCAUUACCAGAUUUUAAUUUCCUCCAAAAAAAAGAUUAUGAAAAAAGAUGUCGAUUAAAAAAUAUUUUGACACUUCAAUCAACUAUACCUAAACCUUUUCAUUUUCGUAUUGAAGAUAGAUUAAAAAAAAGAAAAAAAUGUUUAACAAAUUCAAUGGGUAAUCUUGUAAAUUCUUCUCCUACUAAUGAUGGAUAA